GCUUCCUAGGUCAGGGUCUGCCGCGGCUGCUUCCUCCAUUGUGAACCCCCCAAAAGUCCGGGCACGGCUUGGUAAGCGAGGGCGCCCCUCUCGCAGCGCGCCCGGAGCUUUACGCACAGCUGGCGUUUGGAGCGCUUUGGGGACGGGCGGGCUUUUGGCACCGGCGCCUCCUUUGCGCGCCUCGCCCUCGCAGGUGCUGCUGCUGCUGUUGCUGAAUCGGGCCCUCUCUGAGCAUCCUGGAGUGGCUAAAAAGCGUUGGGAGUCAUGAGGUGGCAGAAGGAGGGGUCGGGGCGCCGUGCAGACUUGGCAGAGAAAAUAGUCAUGCUGCAGAGCUCGAAAUGUACAGCAAAUGCAGGAUCUCGUAGCAUGAGCAUGGUGUUUCUAGUUCUCGUGGUGUGUCAGUUCACCCAAAUAGCAACCAGCUAAGCUUAUUAUGAUAUGAAGGUGACAGUGUGGUGACAGAAAGAGAAUAUUGGGCCAUGGAGGACAGUCUGCAGAGCCCUUCUUUCUAAAUGUUCCAAAAGAUGCUAACCAUCAUUCCUCAGUUCAACCGUCAUCGUGGCAGCAAUCUCCAAGUGAAAACAGCAGCAGAAAGGAUGCCCCGGGCUCGCCCCAUGAAAGCCGUUCAGGGCAUUAGAAAACGCAAAGACUUUGUGGUGCAUCAGGGCACCCAGACAGAAGAGAAACCCAACAUUUGCAUUGAGUGUGGGAAGACCUUCAGCCAGAGCUCCAGUCUGGUCAACCACCGGCGAACACACUCCGAUGAAAAGCCCUAUAAAUGCCCCGACUGUGGGAAAAGCUUUGGGGUCAGCUCCAGCCUGAAUAGACACCAGAGAAUCCACACAGGGGAGAAGCCCUACAGAUGCCCUGACUGUGGGAAAAGAUUCAAUGACAAGUCCAACCUCACCCAGCACCAGCGGAUCCACACAGGCGAGAAACCCUACAAAUGCAUUGACUGUGGCAAAUGCUUCAGCCGCAGCUCCCACAAAAAGCACCACCUGCGACACCCACUGGGGAAGAAGCUGAAGAACGGUGCCCAGGCAGACGGUGCUUGUGCUGCAGCUGGCAAAAAGCCAAAAUCCAGGCGGAAAGUGGAAGUGCUGAAUACCUGCACAGAAUGUUGGCAGAGCUUCAGCCAGAAUGCGGAUCUCAUCAAGCACAUGCGCAUCCACACUGGCGAGAAGCCCUAUCAGUGCAAUGUCUGCGAAAAGUGCUUCAGCGUCAGCUCCAACCUGUUCAGGCACCAGCGAAUCCACACAGGGGAGAAGCCAUACGUGUGCUCGGACUGUGGGAAAAGAUUCACUGACAAAUCCACCUUAGUUCAGCACCAGCGGAUCCAUACUGGAGAGAAACCCUAUGCCUGCAGGUUUUGUGGCAAGAGCUUCAGCCACAGUUCACACCACAAGAGACACGAGAAGAUCCAUAAGGGAGAAUAUCCUUUGCUAGCUUUCCCUGCCUCACUGAUCUAGCCAGGUGUGGGGCGAAAGGACAGGGGCUCCUAGAGAGCAUCUUUUUUCAGAAGCAUCCAAACAGUUUUCAAGACCAGCAGCUAAAGCUUUUGGCUAGGAUGGGGUCAUGAUCUGAUUGCCGGACUACUGGAUCUCAGUUUGGUGAUCCUUGGAUCAAGCCCUCUUAUUGAGAUACUCUUGUUUCAAAAAGGGAUCCUCCAAACUAAUCAUCAAAAUGGCAAAGUAAAGAUUUUCCUGGACUGUACCAUUUGAGACUGUGUAUGUAUGAAGGGUGAGGGGCAUGUAUCCUCCUCAUUGGCAGUGCUGGACCUUUCUCCCUGAUUUAGUAGUUCUCCACAUACUGGGAGAAAUUUUUGUGUGUGACAUGGAACAAUUAAUCAUAACUGCAAUCCACCACUUGCAGUUUGAAACAGAUUAUGUCAAGAAAGGAUCUGCUACGGGAUUUUGCUACAUGUGUUUCUCGGCCUUUGGUCUCUUCGUAGAUACUGCCAUUUUCCUUCAGAAGUUCUUCCGGCAGUAGACUGGCGUCUUUACUAAAAACAAGCUUCUUCCUUCCACUGGGAAAAUGUUGAACACCCUGCUGCUUUUUGCUAACCUCAAAUGCUUCCUGCUCUCUCUUUUUUAAAAGAUCUGUUUAUAGAGCUACAUACAGACUGUGGUUCUUCCACUGUGUAAACAUUUCCUCCAUAAGCGAAAAGGAGCUUUGAAUAAGCAUGUUCAGACCUUGAAAGUGUUGUGCGGGGGCAGUCUCCUCCUUUACAAUGUACUUUUCAUAGUGGAGAGAGGGAGAGGCACCAGAAAUUUGGGCCCCACCAAUUCCAGCUGAUGCAAUUUUCUGAUGAAGACCGAAAUGGAACUCUGAAGCCUCCACAAAGACCCAAGUUCAGAUUUUCCUGUCCUUGGAGAAUAGCAUUGGUUAUGUCGGGACAUUUUAUGCUUGGCACGUACUCUUUUUAUAAAGCAUCUUUUUGUCAUUCCUGGUGUAUCAAAAAUGAAAUUGACUAGUUGCCCUUUGCAAUCUAUUCUACAAUAAUAGUUGUGGAGUUUCAAUUAAAAACAAGAAAACA